AUGAUCGUGUCUUUCAGUACAUUUCCUUGCAUUUUCUCUGACUUCCUGUCUUUCAAGCUACCUCUUCAUAAGACCGCCUCCAAUCCUCCUUUCUUCUUAUCACGUCGCUUAUAAAAAUCUCUUUCUCAAAAAUCUACUGUCCAACAUACACAAAAACACAAGAUCUUAGCGUUUUGUAGCUAGAGGAAGUAAUUGCUCGUAUCUUUUCAUUAUCGGGUGAUUUUGUCAGGCUGUUGAAGCUCAAAUGAUACAAGGACUAUAAUUUAUCAUUUGGAUAUGCCGAGAGGUGAUCAAUCUUGCAAGACUAGAGGUGGUGAUAUCCCACCACCACCCGUUCAAAGCAGCAACCAUUCCCAAUUCGCGGAAGAUUUUAGCUCCUAUGAGGAUGCUUGUAAGCUAGAUCCAUGCUUGCAAUCCUUUGAUGCCACCCUCAUGGAGAAGACUAACCAUGUCAUAAACUCACUUAGCACUGGUGAUAUUGCCACGGGGUCCUCAGGCUCAUUCAAAGUGGUCACUAAUUGCCUUCUUGAAAUGAACCAAGAUGUGGUUAAAUUCAUACUAGAAAGCAAAGAAGAUAUCUGGAAUAAUCCAGAAUUGUUUGCUUUGGUUGAGGAAUACUUCGAGAGUAGCAUCAAAACUAUGGAUUUCUGCACUGAACUAGAAAGUUGUGUUACAAGUGCUCGAACUAGCCAGUUGAAUAUAAUGGCUGCCAUUGCGCAUUUUGAGAAGGAGGUGGGAUUGCAAGAUGGGGUGAUUGAGAAGAAGUACGUCAAGACAUUAGAAGAAUUACAGAAUUUUAUGGUUGCAGGGGAUCCAUUUACCCCCAAAUUCUUUAUGCUGUUUCAAUCGGUUUAUGAACAGCAGGUCUCCAUGUUGAAGAAAUUGCAAUCUCAUAAGAGGAAGCUUGAUAAGAAAUUGAAAUCGGUGAAGAUCUGGAGGAGAGUGUCGAAUGUUUUAUUUGUGUCCGUUUUUGUGACCGUGAUGAUUUUUGCAGUUGCAGCAGCUGCCAUUGCUGCACCACCUGUUGUAAGUGCUUUGGCCAGUGCUCUGGCUGACCCAGUGCACUCGGUGGGAACGUGGUGUAACUUGCUUUGGCAUCGGUAUGAGAACGCGUUGAAGGAGCAGAAGGUGUUGGUGAGCGCAAUUCAGGUUGGAACUUUCAUUACAAUUAAGGACAUGGAGAGUAUUCGGGUGCUUGUCAACAAAUUGGAAAUUGAAAUCAAGUCCCUCUUGCACCAUGCUGACUUUGCUAUCAGAGAAGAAGCUGUUGUGAAACUUGUGAUGGAUGAGCUCAAGAAGAAGAUGGCAGUGUUCAUGGAAACUUUUGAGGAUUUAGCUGCCCAAGCUCAUAGGUGUAACCGUGACAUAAUCCGAGGAAGGAUUAUGAUUUCAAAGAGGAUAAUCGAAUUUGCAGGCAAGUGAAGAAUUCCUUUGGUAUUUAUGCCAAUGACUUCCCAACAUGCUUAUCAUAUAUGGAUUCCCAUCAUCAGAAAAUGUGACACUUGACAUCUUGGGUUCAUUGAUUUGGAUUCAGCCUAGAAAACUGUAAUUUUGUGCAUGAAAAAAGAUUUACUAACAAAAAAUCAUACAAACUGACAUGUAAGUGGUGAUAAGUGGGUCUUAAAAACAUCAAAUGAUUGAUCGAUCAAGAAAAAAACAACGGGCACAUCGGUUUGUAUGAAAUAUA